AAUUAAUCAACAUCAAUGAGACUUCAACAGUUUACACACCGACUAUAGUCCUCAAAUUCCUUCUCACUCAUCUCAUUUUCCCUCUUCCUUAUCUCCAAACGCGCCACCGCCGUCGCCGUCGCCGACGAAAAUGGGAUGCACGGCGUCCAAACUCGAUAACGAAGAUACAGUACGGCGAUGUAAGGAACGGCGACGCCUAAUGAAAGAUGCAGUCUACGCUCGUCAUCACCUCGCCGCCGCUCAUUCCGACUACUGUCGUUCACUUCGUAUAACCGGUUCUGCUCUCACCGCCUUCGCCGCCGGCGAACCUCUUUCCGUCACCGAUCAAACGCCAGCAGUUCUCUUGCGUACACCUUCCUCUGUUUCUCGAUCCUCCACUAUUCCACCGCCGCCGCCGCCACUUCGCACCGUGCAUUCUCCUUCUCCGUCUCAUACUCCUACAAUCGUCAGUUCUAAACUCCCUCACAUACUUUCAGCCGAUAAAUCUCGACGACAACAUCGGAAACCGCCGAUGAAGCUACCGCAUAUACUUUCCGAUUCGAGUCCUUCUUCAUCUCCGCGGAGUGAAAUUCCGAAUCCAACUUCUAGAAAUUUCGAUCCGAGUUAUACAUGGAAGGCUAAUUCAACCUAUUCAAGUACUCCUUCUCAAGCAUCUUCGGUUUGGAAUUGGGAGAACUUUUAUCCUCCAUCACCUCCUGAUUCUGAAUACUUUAAACGCGACAAUAACGAUGAGGAUAAGGCAUCUUCCAUCUACUCCAACUAUCACUACAACCGUGAUAAUAACGAUGAGGAUAAGGAUAAGGCUUCUUCUAUUCACUCCAAUUAUCACUACAACCGAGAAAAGCGGCAUCCUAACCAUGGAGAAAUGCAGCAAUUUAAACAUGUGGAAAAGCAGCAAUAUAAUCACCACCUCAUCGAUGAGGAAGAAGAAGAAGAAGUGGAGAGAGAAGAAGUUCAGUGUAGUGAAUGGGGUGAUCAUGAACAUGAUCGGUACAGUACAACGAGUUCUUCUGAGGUAGAAGAUGACGAAGAAGACGUAGAAUCCAGAUCCGAGAUAGGAACUCAAUCCAAUUUCGGGUCAUCGGUGAGGAAUGAGUCUAUGGCAAUGCCUCCGCCUGCUACAGUGUCGAAGUACGCUACGAUGAGCAAAUCGGAGAAAUCUGACGAUACUAGAUCCUCAUCAAGCUGGAAUAACGCUCAACACGAUGGUAGGCAAAUAGCCGACAUGAGUAUCGUGGUUCGCCAUCGGGAUCUGGGGGAGAUUGUUGCUGCUCUCAAGGAUUAUUUUGAAAAAGCUGCGGCUGCUGGUGAUCAGGUAUCAGAAAUGCUUGAAACCAGCCGAGCUCAAUUGGAUAACAGUUUCAGACAAUUGAAGAAGACCGUCUAUCAUUCAAGUGGAAUGCUCAGUAAUCUGAGCUCUAGCUGGACAUCUAAGCCUCCAUUAGCGGUCAAAUACAAGUUCAAUGCAGAUUCAAUUAAUGAACCGGGAGGUAACAAGAGUCUCUGUUCUACUUUGGAACGUCUCUUGGCUUGGGAGAAGAAGCUCUAUCAGGAAAUUAAGGCUAGGGAGAGUGCGAAAAUUGAGCACGAAAAGAAGCUUUCCACCUUACAAAAUCAAGAGUACAAAGGAGAAGAGUAUGCGAAGUUGGAUAAGACAAAAGUUUCAAUAAAGAGGUUACAAUCACUAAUUGCUGUCACCUCUCAGGCAGUCACCACUACCUCUACUGCUUCCAUUGGUCUAAGAGACAGUGAACUUGUACCACAGCUUGUUGAACUCUGUCAUGGGUUCAUGUACAUGUGGAGAUCAAUGAACCAGUCCCACGAAGCCCAAAACCAGAUUGUACAGCAAGUAAGAGGCCUAAUAAACAGAUCAACCAAAGGCGAAUCAACAUCUGAUCUCCACCGUCAAACCACCCGCGAUCUCGAAUCCUCCAUCUCAUCAUGGCACUCGAGUUUCACCCGCCUAAUAAAAUUCCAACGCGAUUUCAUCCGUUCCCUCCAUGGUUGGUUCAGACUCACCCUUCUCCCCGUUCACACUGAACCCUCAAACGUAACUGUCGAAACAAUAUCCGACGAAGCAUUCAAAUUCUGCGACGAGUGGAAACUUGCACUCGAGCGCGUCCCAGACACCGUCGCAUCCGAAGCGAUUAAAGGGUUUGUGAACGUCGUUCACUCGAUUUCGUUAAAACAGGCCGAAGAACACAAGAUCAAAAGAAGGACGGAAUCCACUUCGAAAGAGCUCGAGAAGAAAUUCUCGUCUCUUAGAAACAUUGAGAGAAAGUAUUAUCAGUCUUACUCGAUGGUUGGUAUUGGGCUUCCGGAUACUGGCCCCGACAAUGGACACGGGUUGGACGCACGGGACCCACUUUCUGAGAAGAAAGCGGAGCUCGCUGUUUGCCAGAGACGUGUACAGGACGAGAUGUUGAGGCAUUCAAAGGCGGUUGAGGUUACUAGAGCAAUGACACUUAAUAAUAUACAGACUGGAUUGCCUGGUGUAUUUCAAGCAAUGGCUAGUUUCUCGGGUUCGAUAACCGACCAACUUGAGAUGGCUUGCAAACAUUCUUAUGCCAUUCAAGCUUAAUUUGAUUCAGCUUUUUCGUUAAAUUGUUCUGGCCGUCCAAACUAAGAUAGAUGGCUUAUUCGACGUAUUCCUGGAAUCAAACUAGGUAUAAGUAAGAUGGGCUGGAAGGUAAUAUUCUUUCACUUGUGAUUUGAGAUUAAGUUAUGUUGUUUUUUCCAUUAAGCUAUUUGUGUGUUUUUUUAUGUGUAGAUAAAAACUGUUUUUUUUGAAAUUUUGUUUAUCCUGUUGAGUGGAAGGAAAUAGGGUUUACCUCGAUGUGUAUAGGAAAUAGGUUAUCAGCUAUCACCACCAUUACUGUUUGUAUGAGAUCAGAUGAUAAUUUAAGCUAAACCAUGAAUAAUUUGAAGGCAAUUCAACCUUUUUU